AUGGCCGCGGCGAUAUACGCCACGGAGGGGAUCGACGAAGACGCCAAGCUGCCGACGUUGGAGGCGGCCAUCGUGUUGACGUCGCUCGCCACCGGGGUGGGACUCACGGUGCGUAUGAUUCGUCCACGUGGCGAUGGAUUGAUUCUCUGUCGGCCACUCACAACACGCCACGUGGUGUUUUAUCCAACACGUCAUCAUCUGGUCAACCAACCAACCACUCGUAUCUCGCCACGUGUCCAACCAAACGAACGACAGGCGCUCGGAAACGCGAAGCUCGGGAACAUCGUCCGACUGCUUCCGUCGCCCGUGACUGGCGGCUUCCUCGCGGGCACCGGCUGGGUCCUCUCGACCGGCGCUUUCAAAGUCCUCACCGGGUAUACCUUCGAGCCCUCGAGUGCGAUCGACGCGCUGCGAUCGCCGGAGUUUUUCACCGUCUGUCUUCCGGGCAUACUUCUGGGCGCAGCGCUCGCGGUUGGCAACCGAAAAAUCGCGCAGUUCUGGGUCGUCCCCGGGUUUCUCCUCGGCGGCACGUUCCUCUACUUCAGCGGGCUGGAGGCGUUUUUGGGGAUGAGCCCCGCGGACGCGAUGGACGCGGGGUACCUUCUCGGCCCGUUCCCCGCCGGCUCGGACGCCGCCGCGAGCUCCGCGUUCACGCCGCUGCUGCUGUCGCCGUCGACGCUGUCGCGCGUGCGUUGGGACGUCGUGUUGGACCAAGGCGCGUUCUACGCGCGCGCACAGAAGUACACGUACACGUACUGCCCGCGCGCGGCUACCGUCUUCGGUCUGUCGACGCUCGGUCUGCUCCUCAUCACGUCCGCGAUCGAGACGAGCACCGGGACGGAGGGCGACGCGAACGAGGAGCUGAAAGCCGUGGGCAGCGCGAACAUUUUGGGCGGCUUAGGCGGAGGGCUCGUGAUGUAUCACUCGCUGUCGUCGACGCAAAUCGCGACGGGCAUGGGGAGCGAUUCGCGGCUUCCCGGGAUCGUCGCGUCGCUGUGCUACGUCGCCGCGCUCGUCGUCGGUCCCGCGCCGCUCGCGUUCGUCCCGAGCGCGCUCAUCGGAGGGUUGCUCAUCUUCAUCGGCUCGUCGUUCUUGUACGAGUGGCUCGUCGAGGGAUUCGCGAGCUUGCCGCGGUCCGAGUACGCCGUCGUCGUCCUCAUCGUCGUCACCGUCGCGUCGCAGGGAUACCUCGCCGGCGUCGUCGCGGGCAUCCUCGGCGCCGCCGCGGUGUUCGUGACCGACUACAGCAGAGUGCCGAUCGUGAGGAGUCGACUGCGCGUCGGCGGCGAGGGCGGGAUUCGGUCGAGUCAGGCGCGGACGCGCGCGGAGGUGAACGCGAUCGUGGAGUCGGGAACGUUCGCGUACUGCGCCAAGUUGCAGGGGUUCCUCUUCUUCGCGACGUCGUACAAGCUCCUGGAGGAAAUUCGCGCGCGGCACGACCGGCUCGUCGACGACGCCGGCCGCGGGUUGGAGUUCAUCGUGCUAGACUUCCAGAGCGUCGUCGGCGUCGACGGCAGCGCGAUAUCGGCGUUUGAAAAACUUCGACGGUUCGCGAAGAACGAGGGGAUCCAGGUCAUCCUGAGCGACGUCGACCGACCGGAGCUGGCGCGCGUCGUGACGAUCACGCUGUACGGCGAGAAGCUGCCCACGUUCGCGUUCAUCGACCGCCCGAUCAGUUUGAUCGAGUCGAGAGCGCUGCUUCCGGGCGGGGGGAAGAACGCGCCGAGUCAGAGUCGGACGUACGACGUGAUGGCGGCGCAAGAUUUAGAUUCGGACGUCGACGCCGCCGGCGCCGCGGACGCGGAGGACGAGUCCUCCGCCGCGGCCGCGGACGAGAGCGAGGACGGGCAGUACGGCGGCGGCGGCCUGGUCGUGCAGGUCUCCGAGCUCGACACCGCGCUGAAGUUCGUGGAGGACGUGAUGAUCGCGAGGGCGCGCGCGGCGGCGGCGACGGCGGCGGCGAACGCCGGGGAGGAGCAGACGUCGGGCGGGAAGGCGCGUUCUAUCUCACACUGGUUCCCAUACGACCCCGUUGGCGUGGUGAACGCCGAUCCUUAA